CUGCAGCUCUCAGGCCCCUCUUGUCAUUCUCCACAUGCCUGGCUCUGCAAGGGUUUUGUUUUCAGGAACUUCUAUGAAGGUGGAAAUACAAAGUGAAGAAGGAAGCCCAGAAGAAGAAAAUAAGAAUAUCCAGCUUUUCUCAGAUGUUGCUUAGGGUCAGUCUUGGGUGGCACAGGGAGGGAAAGGGAGACCACGAUGUCUCUGUGGCAUCUCCUGCCUAUCAAGGGAGCUGCUGCUGCACUCAUUUGUUGCCAGUUGUUCCCCAGCACCUUUAACUUUGCCCUUUGCAGAUUCCCAGCUCGCUCUGUUGCAUUUCUGGAGUGAUGUUUUGAUGCAGAUGUACAACUGUUGACAGAAACAAGUCUGUAUACUGCAGCUGAGGAGGUUUAAAAAGUGUUAGAGGAAGGAGGGAAGAAUGAACACGUCUGAACUUGGCCAAAACUCCGAUGAAGACGUGUGUCCUGAGGACAUUGAUGAAGAUGAAAUCCUGGCUAACCUGUCCCCUGAGGAGCUGAAGGAGCUGCAGAGCGAGAUGGAAGUCAUGGCCCCAGACCCUGAAAUCCCGACUGGGAUGAUACAGAAGGAUCAGACAGAGAAACCCCCCACGGGCAGCUUCGACCACCGGUCCCUGGUUGAUUACCUGUACUGGCAGAAGGCAUCCAGACGCAUGCUCGAGGAUGAGAGAGUUCCUGUCACCCUCCUGCCCUCUGAGAGAAAUGCUGCAGAGGAGAUGGAAGGAGAGGCCAGCAGAAGUGGUGAGGUGGCUGGAGGGAGGAUGCCAGAAACAGAGAGAAAAGAGAGACAGUACCAAAAUGAGCACGUGUCUGAGUCAAGAACACAACCUGGGGACACAAAUAAAGACAGAAGUGAUAAGGAGAGAGUGGAGGAGGAGGAUGAGAAAGAAGAAGCAGAGGAGGAAGAGGAAGAUGAUGAAGAGGAAGAAGAAGAAGAAAAUGAGACUGAAUUGGAAACAAAGGAGAAUUACACCAAUGAGAGCAGUCACAUCAACCAGAUAAGUCAGCAGCCAGGUACAGAACCAGGAGAAGUCAAAGAAAAGCCUAAGGAAAAUGAAAAGAAAAUAUCAAAAUUGAACAUCCCGCAGAAGUUAGCGCUGGAUACCAGCUUCAUGAAGCUAAGUGCCAGGCCCUCAGGAAAUCAAACCAGUUUAGAAGACAGCUUGGAGAAAGUCCGAAAAAACAACCCAGACGUGAAGGAGCUCAACCUGAACAACAUAGAAAACGUCCCCAAGGAAAUGCUGAUAGAUUUUGUCAACGCCAUGAAGAAGAAUAAGAACGUAAAAACGUUCAGCCUGGCCAACGUGGGGGCUGACGACAACGUGGCGUUCGCGCUGGCCAACAUGCUGAGGGAGAACAGGAGCAUCACCACCCUGAACAUCGAUUCCAACUUCAUCUCUGGCAAAGGCAUCGUGGCCAUCAUGCGCUGCCUGCAGUACAACGAGACGCUGACGGAGCUCCGCUUCCACAACCAGCGCGGCCUGCUGGGCCACCAGGCAGAGAUGGAGAUCGCCAGGCUGCUGAAAGCCAACAGCACCCUCCUCAAAAUGGGCUAUCACUUCGAGCUGCCGGGGCCCAGGAUGGUGGUGACCAACCUGCUCAGCAGGAACCUGGACAAGCAGAGGCAAAAGAGGCAGGAGGGGCAAAGGCAGCAGCAGAUGAAAGAGCAGAAGGAGUUGAUAGCGAUGCUGGAGAAUGGACUUGGGUUGCCCCCCGGGAUGUGGGAAAUGCUGGGGGUGCCGCUGCCCCAGCUGAGGAUGCAGGAGCCCCCACAAGCCCCCAAACCCCCCGUCCCUGCAGCUGUGUCACUGAGCAAAAGGCAGGAGAACACGAGGCCACCAGCACCCGAGCAGCCGUGCAGGGAGAAACCCGUCAGCUUCAAGGUGGUCAAGCUGAAGAAGACUCAGCGCAAACCCGCCGUGCCAGAGUAUGUGGAGCCCGCUGAGAAAACCAACCUCAAAGAUGUCAUCAAAACACUUAAACCAGUUCCCAGGAGAAGACCCCCUCCCCUGGUGGAAAUAACCCCCAGAGAUCAGCUCCUCAACGACAUCCGCCAGAGCAACGUGGCUUAUCUCAAGCCAGUGCCGUUGCCAAAGCAGCUGGAGUGAGAGACCAGACUGACCCGAAGAAAACAAUUUGGAAUAAGGACUACUCAAGUUUUGCUUACAACUGUUUCAGCAGAUGUUUUCUGCAGAACCCAGGUGGUGUAUUCAACUCUUUGGGAACAAAGCUUGUGAUACACACUUGUGUAAGUGUGUGAAAAUGGCUGGCAUGGGAAAGUCAGUGCUAAGUGUUUCCAUCAGGUAUCAAACAAUCCCGCUGCCAUCUGUCUGCCAAGUGGAUUUGAGGCUUCAGUUUGUUGUGGGAGUAUUUUCUCAGAGGCAUCAAUAACCUUGUCUUUCUAGUUUGUCAGCAAACUAUUUUGCUUCCACGUUGUCCUUCUGCUGCCAGAUUCUGCAGGAACACGCUGUGCUUUAUCUUAUCUUUCUUUUCACACACAUGCUACUUUAUUACUCUAUUGUCCAUGAGAAAUGUAUUUGGUUUCCAUGUAUACAGCUUCAUUUUUUAGGCUAAGGAAACAGAAAUGAAAUAAAGCUCUCUCU